GAAACUAUAUAUACACGCAUCCACAUCAAGAUCGUUAUAAAUUUACUUGCUUAUCGUGCGGAUCAAAUAUUUUUCUUGAAAUGUACUGUACUUUCUUUCACAGCAUCCACAUCAAGAUACUAGCCAUUCUCCCCCAAGCAACGACGACUUAAUUUCAUCGUUAUCACAUUACUGCUGCCAAAUCAAGGUGCUGUUCUCCUCUCCCCCGAGCAAUUCAACGACGACCUAAUUUCAUAGAGGUUUAGUUUUCAUUUAAACCCAAGCUAAUUGCCUAUAAAUACAACACGGCGGUGCAGUAAGCUGAUACAAAGCAGCCUACUGUAGCCAGUAGAGUGUCGUGCGUAAGGAAGGAUAGGAUCGAGCAAGCGAAUGGAAGAAGGCAUCAAAGAAGAGGGUGGGCCUAGGAAAGCAUCUGGAGCAGCCGCAGGCCAGGCCAGCAAGAUGAGCAAGACCGUGGGGGCCAUGGAGGACGCGACGUUCAAGAGCAUCGGCGACGUGCUGAAGCUGCUGCCCACGGCGACGGUGGUCGUGUACCAGGUGCUCAACCCGAUCGUGACCAACGCCGGCGCCUGCCACGUCGGGUACAAGAUCGCCACGGGGAUCCUCAUCGGGCUUUGCGGCUUCUUCUGCGCCUUCUCUACCUUCACCGACAGCUACGUGGGCGCCGACGGCAAGGUCAAGUACGGCCUCGUGACGCCCCGGGGCCUCCUUCCCUUCGCCGACAGCGCCGGCGCCGCCGCCGCCGGGGGGACGGACUUCUCCAAGUACCGGCUGCGGUUCUCCGACUUCGUGCACGCGGCCUUCGCCGUGGCCGUGUUCGCGGCGGUGACGCUGCUCGCCGACGCCAACACGGUGGCGUGCUUCUACCCGUCGCUCAAGGAACAGCAGAAGAAGGUGGUCAUGGCGCUCCCCGUCGUGGUCGGCGCCGUCUCCGGCGUCAUCUUCAUCGUGUUCCCUUCCAGGCGUCACGGCAUCGGGUACCCGCCCGAGACGAGCGCGCCGGCGUCGCAGUAGGGUCGGUCGAUCGACCUGCGAGCUCGAUUGGUUUUGCGAGCAUCUGUUUUGCAUGAUUGCAUCAUUGUAGAGCCAUGCUCUGUUGCUUAAUUUGUAUUUGUACGUGCUCGUGUGGACAUAUGAUUCGUGCAUGUGAUGUUUUUUUGCCACACACACCUACCUGGCUACCUGCAUCUGUUCCGUCCCUCUAUUUCUCCCAAUGCAAACCCCAGAGGUCAAGAUUGAAACAUCUUCAUUUUGUUUGCCUCGA